CCUUUUUCUUUAGUCACCUCACUCACUAAACCUUGCGCUUAUUAGCUAAUUGGCGUUAAAGUCUGAAGGGAAGGGAGAUGGCAGCUAUGGAAGUUGCAGUUUCAGUGGUGUGUGUUGUGAUCACAACAUGGUGUGUGAAGGUGUUGUAUGAGAUGUGGUGGAGACCCAAAAUGAUAGCGAAGCAGCUGAGGGCACAAGGCGUGCAUGUUCUUCCUUACAAGUUGUUUUCUGGAAACACCAGGGAGACGGCGAAGCACUUGUCGAGGGAAAGCAGAUCUGAUGAGCAAACGCAGCAGCUGCCACCCCAUGAUAUCUUGCCUCGUCUCAACCCCUUCCUCCAUCAGAUGGUUACCACUCACAAGAAUGAGUUUAUUGUUUGGCAAGGAGCAACACCUCAACUAACAAUCUCAAACCCAAAGUUAAUAAGAGAGGUAUUGCUUAAUAAAUUAGGAUGCUUUAAUAAGUCUAUGGCAAGUGCACCUGAAUUGUUUGUGAAAGGCCUUGCAAGUUAUGAAGGUAGCAAAUGGGCAAAGCAUAGACAAAUUAUCAACCCUGCCUUCCAUAUGGAGAAGUUGAAGGGGAUGUUGCCUGCUUUUUCUACAUGUUUAGAGGAAAUGAUUGAACAAUGGCACAUGCUAGUUGACUCAAUUGACUCAUGUGAAUUGGAUGUCUUGCAUGAGUUUGAAAAAGUAACUGGAGAUGUGAUAUCGAGAGCAGCUUUUGGAAGCAACUUUCAAGAAGGUAGAUUAAUAUUCUCGCUUCAGAAGGAGCAAGCUCGGCUAUUUUUACAGUCUAUAACAAGCUUCAAUUUCCCAUGGUCUAGUUUUUACAGAUUUUUUAUGCCCACAAAAACUCAAAAGAGAAUGAAGUGCAUCAACAAAGAAGUUAAAGCUUUAUUAAGGGGUAUGAUAGAGAAAAGAAAGAAAGCUAUUCAAUUAGGUAUUGAAGACAAAGAUGAUUUGCUGAGCUUACUACUGAAAUCUAAUAAUAAUUACCUCCGAGAGAGCAAGAAGCCGAAUUCUGGAAUGACAACUGAAGAUGUGAUCGAAGAGUGCAAGCUAUUUUAUUUUGCUGGACAUGAGACCACAGCAAAUUUGCUUUCAUGGACAAUGAUUUUGCUGAGCAUGCACAAGUAUUGGCAAGAACGUGGAAGGGAGGAAGUUUUGCAGGUGAUAGGAAAAAACAAACCAAGUUUCGAUGACUUGACCAACUUGAAGAUGGUGAACAUGAUCUUGCUUGAGGUUCUCAGAUUAUACCCAGCAACUUCCAUCAUUCGAAACACUAAUCAAAAGACCAAGCUAGGACAUCUCGAGCUUCCAGUAGGAGUCCAAAUUUAUAUGCCAAUACACGUUGUUCAUCGAGAUCCUGAGCAAUGGGGAGAAGUUUCUAUGGACUUCAAUCCAGAGAGAUUCUCAAGAGGGAUUCUAAAGGCAUCUAAGGAUCAAGCGUCAUUCUUUGGAUUUGGUUGGGGACCAAGAAUGUGCAUUGGACAAAACUUUGCAAUGCUUGAAGCUAAAUUGGCCCUAACCGUCAUCUUGCAAAAUUUCUCCUUUAGCCUUUCUCCAUCCUACAUUCAUGCUCCUACAGUUGCUGUAACCUUACAACCUGGUCAUGGUGCCCAAAUCAUCCUACAUAAGCUUAGACCUUGACAAUCAAAUUUGUGCUUUUACACUUCCUACUCACUAUUAGUACUUUUAUAAUUUAUGUCAUCAUUAAAGCACUUUUAUUGUUAAAUUAUUUGUAGUGAUGGUAUGAAGCACUAUGGGAGUUGUCAUAG